GCCCCGUAAAACCACCGCCUCUUCGCCUCUCUGUUUUUUGUUAGUAAUAUCAUUGCUGUUUUAUUGGAUUGUGCAAGAUCGUUGAGACUUGGGAAAGACUGCAAUAUUUUGCAAGAACAUCUAGGGUCAAUUGAAGUUAUUUUCUUCUUAGAUCUGAAACAAGUUUCUUUAUAAUGCCAUACUUGUAUCUGUAUGUGUGCUGAUGUGCUAUCCUGUUUUGUUCAUUCGGUGGCGUCUCAACUUGUCAUAACCAUGGCAUGUUGCAGAUGUGUCGGUUCGAUCAUUAGCUGAAAGGAAGGUCUCACCCUGCUAUCAAGACGACGCUUCUCAAACUGGCUCACCAAUUCCGGAGGAUAUCUGGCAUCAUAUAUGUUCUUUUCUGCCACUAAAGGAUGUUGCGCGUGCUGCUCGUGUGUCUCACGUCUUUCUACGCUCUUGGAGGUGCCAUCCCAACCUCACCUUUAGUAAGACAAUAAUGGGAUUAAGCACAGAAUCUCGUGGACAGGGUAAAAUAACAAGAGACUACAACAACAAAAUUGGCCAUAUUCUGAAGAAUCACUCAGGCAUUGGUGUGAAGAUACUAAACCUUGAAUUCUAUGGUCCUUAUAAUCUCAAAACCAGCCACUGUCUUGAUAGUUGGCUCCAGAUUGCUCUUACCCCAGGGAUAGAAGAACUCACCCUUACACUGUAUCCAAAGAGGAAGCAGACAUUAGACAAGGAAAACUACAACUUCCCAUGGUCACUUUUAUCUAAUGGGAGUGGGAACUCUAUUCGUGCACUCAACUUCUUAGGUUGUGCCUUCCGCCCCACUGUAGACUUGGGUUGCAUGAGAAGCCUGACAAGUCUGUCUCUAUGUUUUGUGCAUAUUACUGGGGAUGAGUUGGGGUUCCUUCUUUCCAAUUCUAUUUCUCUGGAGAUAUUGAACCUCAGCUGUUGCGUUGAGAUAAUCUUCAUCAAGAUACCUUGCCUGUUGAAGCACCUGAGCCACCUGACAGUGUCCGAUUGUUAUGUGCUGCAAGUGAUAGAAAGCAAAGCUCCAAAUAUAUCCAGUUUUACUUUUGACUUUAAGGAUAGAAACGUAGACCUAUUACUUGGAGAAUCAUUGCAAGUGAAGGAAAUAGACAUAUGCCAUCCUUGUGUUCUUCGUGAUGCUCGUACCAUGCUCCCGUCCAGUACGCCAAAUCUUCAAACUCUUACCAUAUGUUCGAUUGACGAGGAAUCUAGCACGCCAAUGUUACCAAGCAAAUUCCUACACCUCAAAUAUUUAGUUAUUACUGUAAUUGAAUGCGCCUUUCCUGCACACUAUGAUCUUUUCUCGCUUGUUUCUUUUCUUGACGCGUCUCCUUGCUUGGAGACUUUCGACCUAGAUGUACGAAUGAUACUACAUGAGCAUGACAUGAAUGUCGAAGACCUCUCACAGUUGGAGGGGAUUCCAGAACACCGCUAUGGCAAUCUUAGGCGUGUGAGGAUCACUGGGUUCUGCUUCAGAAAGAGCUUGGUUAUGCUCACAUGUCAUAUCCUUGAGAAUACACCGUCGCUUGAGUGCAUUACACUUGACACUUGUGGCGGGACUGCAUGUUCCGGCGACGAAGUUGGCUCAUGCUAUCCACGCAAGGCUACUCUUGUGGAAGACCCCAAAGCGCUCGAGGCUAUCCAAACUUACAUCAAGGGAAAAGUUCCCUCCAUGGCUAAGUUAAAUGUUGUGGAGCCUUGCAACCGAUGCCGUGGUGUUGAUGUUUAGGUGUCAAGCCUAUCGUGAUUAUGGAAUGUACAGUUAUAUAGCCUUGGUCCUCUUAGAUAGCUUAUGCUUUGUGCCAUCUGUUCAAUGUUAACCCCGUUGUGUCAAACUGUCGUAUUAUUCGUUUCCUAUUUGAGGAUGUUCUUCUCAUCU